CUUUGCGGGAAUUAGCUUUGCAGAGACCAAUGGCAUGACGAACACCUUAUGCCGGACUACUGACACACACUCCAUAAGGCCUUCAACUGCCUGAGUGGACGCAUUACUGUUGUUACGCUCGCGUUUCUUACUGGACUUGAGCCUCUUGGUACACUCCCUUGUUUAUAAUUUUUAAGUGCUUGGUGAUUUGACAGUGAUGGGGCGCUGGGGUUGGAGAGGAGGGGGGCAAGCCGAACCACGUGAAAAAUUGCGCGUCUCUCGCAGUGGUUCUUAUAGUGAUGAUUAUCGUAUAACUCCCGAAUUAAAACAGAGUGAUUCAUAUAAGAAUGGCCAUCACAAACUGCAUGGUUCACGAGGGACACAAGACGAAGACUGUUGUUCUCAGGAUGAAAGAUGUUGUUCCGACGCCGAUCCUUGCUGUUCACAAGAUGAGAGAUACUACCAUCUCGAACCCUCCAGGGUUUAUAAGGUCAAGAAGGGUCGCAGCUCCUCGGCUGAAGCCCUUCGACCUAGGAAGGGAUCUAUAGGAGGUCUGGAAGUGGUGGUAGUUAACGAAGGGCGUGUCGAUCUCCACCAUCAGGUGCCUUGCACUUCUUGCGAAUCUUGUGACACUUGUAGGGGUGACUGGGAAAAUGAUUCUGUCACGAGAAUCGAGCUGAAGAAUAAUCUUUUUACUUCGCCGAUGCAUACAGCUGAAUUUUACGAUUCUCGCGAAUCCCCAUUUAGUUACAGACAGAAUUCAUCACCAGUGCGAGAUCGUGAAUUAUCUCCAUUUCGCGGGAGGAGCCCCCAACGACGCCCCAACACGUCGGAAGGAACAGAUAUGAGGCGAGGAUUUCCUCCUAACAAUAAUGGCCGACCCAGUACUGUAGACGAAAUGCGAGCUAGGCCAACAAACAGGCUACCGCGAAGCCGCAGCAAUGCCCAGAGGACCUCGUUUAGUCCUAGCAGGAUGCCUAGGACACCCAACGGUAGCAGGGCACCCAACACUAGACGAAAUGGACGCGAUGGGUCUAGGGGACACUCCAGUUACAGGAACAACCGUCACUCCAAAAUCGGUCUUGAUAACUCGGGUUCCAGACUUCCUGCCGUUGGUGGAUCUCAGAGUGAGAUGUCCGAUCACAGCCAAGAAAUGAACCACUAUAGGAAAUCUGCUGGUGAACAAGACUGCAAGUCAGUGCAUGUAGAGGCACAGCUGGCGUCAUCACUCAUUCCUGCUGAGUGCUCUACAUGUGCAUCGUCUGACCUGUCUCAGUGGGUCCUGGGUGUAACUAGCAUGAGAGGCGCCUGGGCCGGACUCUGGAAGUGCCGCCCAGCUCAGUGUUCCAAUCAGACGACAUACACUAGAAAAUCUCGAAUUAUGCCAGACCAAACCUGCCCCAAAGAUGCCAGAGUGCCCUCCCGCCCCCACUCCUGGCAGUGUCACCCCCUUAGUCACACUACUGCUUGA